GUGCUUUCUCUUCCCAUCUUCUCCCCGUUAUAUGUCUUGCUGACGGGCAUCGAGCUCGACGCGACCUAGCGAACCGCUGUCAUGCUUCUUGUACAUAGUCAAUCGACCUGCGACGUGUGUCUUGAGACGUACAAUCUCUUGCCGCCUCCUGACGGGAAGACACCUUGGGCUAUACCCUGUGGCCAUACCUUCUGCCAGGACUGUCUACAGAAGACCACCCCCAGCAACUGCCCGCUCUGCCGCCGGGGAUAUAACCCAGAUCGUAUCAAGCGACUGCAUGUCGAUCGUCCCACAGAAUCGCCGGAGAACGAAACCGCCCGGGACGUAACGAAAUGGUUGGAACAGAUCGCCCUUGUAUCGGCUGGGCAGUCCAAUAACGACGAUUGGAUGGAUGUGGCGAGAGAUGCUCAGAUAUGGCUCGAGGGUAGAUCUCCGGACACGUAUCCCGCACUGCAAGCAGCACUUUCAACCCUCGAACGGUUCAAGGACCUGCAGUCGAAGCGUCGGGAGGAAAAACAGAAAUCGCGGGACCUUCAGGCGAAGCUUGAGCGGCGCUAUGCCGAGCACGUCGAGUACAAGCGUCUUGCCAAAGUCAUCGAGGAAAAUAUGUCCAAGUACCUCAGUCUAUGCCAAGCACAACUUGCGUAUUGGAACGAUAAUUUUCCGAACGAAUCUGAACAACUCCGCGCCCGCAUCAUUCGAGAAACAGGAGCUCCUCCAGAACCCACAAAAACGCCCACUCCCCCGGAGGCGUAUGUCAAUUCCAUCUACACUGCAUCUUCCUCCGACGAGUAUCAGAGCACCACGGGCCACAACACCAAUCCCCUUCCGCGGCCGCCUCAGCCUACGACGUAUCCUGGAGAGGAGUCAACACGAGAGGAACUGAUCGAUCAAUGGACAAGUUCAGCGUAUACCCUUACUGACAUCCCGCCCAUUGGGCAGCCCCAACCAAGACCUUCAGGUGGUGCUGCCUUUAUGCCCGGUGCUCGGAAUCCCGAAGGCGUCCACCCAUCCCGUCCAUCUCGGUUGGAGGUUGACGAAUUUGACUAUCGGCCAGACAGUCCUACUCCUCGACCACGAUCAAGAUCUCGUGGUAGACAUGCUGAAAAUGGGGAACGACGAAGGCAUCGUCACGAGGGCGAGACAGAGCAUGAGCGGGAGGAGAGGAAGCGCAAGCAUCGGGAGAAGGCUCGAGCGCGGCGCCUGGAACGGGACAUGGACGAAGUGGUACAGGGUCAUAUGCCGACCUCGGGCAAUGCUUUGGGUAUACGCGCGUUCUCAUCUUCGAUGGCGGACUUCAGAGCGGCGGAGACGGGAGUUUCUGGACUAGGCAGUUCCUCGACUGGCGUCAACAUGAUCGCUGGACCUUCGCAGGCUGGGCCCUCGCGCACAGGGCCUUCUACCUCUAAUACCGAGUCAUACGACAAUAGCCUGGGUCUGCUUGAUGCACCCACUCCGCGUCGAGCACAUUCUCCUCUUCCAUUCUCCUCUUACGACGCUGCCGCCGCACCUACAACACGCUCGUAUCCUUCCCGUCCCCCAACGCAGCAUCCGCCCGUCUCUGCGCCACAGCACAUUCGCUCGCCACACGAUAGCAUCGAUUCAUGGGGGACGGUUUCUUCCCAGGGCGUCGGUUCUAUCAUACCACAUCUAGUAAACUUUCCCCCGUAUCCACGAGGGAUCAACAACGGAAACGGACAUACUGGCGAGGGAGAUAGUACUCGUACCACGUACGGAAGAGCAAUGAGCAUGACGUCGGUGCUGACGCUGGCACCAGGGCCGUCGACUCUUGCCACUUCGGGUACUGAUACUAGUCGUCCUCAAGUCUCGCAUUACUUUACGAUGCCUGUGACAACUGACACUGUUUCACAGAGGCCGAUGACCCCCCACGAGCACCGGCCGACCACUGCAGCUAGUCGUCGUGUCUCUCUUUCUCGUAGCUACUCGCAACCUUAUACACCCAGACCGGCAGGAUCACAGGCAUCGCUGUCGACUUCUACUGCUGCGCCGUACUCUGAUAUGGGCCAUGGUCUACCCUGGAUGCAGGGCGGGAGUGCCAGCCAGGCAAGGCCUGCAGGUUGGCCUUAUGCCCCUGUACCGCAGAUGUAUGCUGUCGCCGCUCCACAAGUGUCAAUGCAGAGUCUACAGUCACCGAUGGGUGCUGAUGCUAGUGCCUAGAUUAGAUAUACGAAAUGGACUAUGUAGUUAUAUUGUUGUUAUUUCUAGGUAUGGAUACUCAUGACUAUUGUGGAAGAACCGAUGCAUGUUCCCUAAGCCUUAUUUGGACUCAAUUUAUGAUUUC